AUGCCCUGGCGAAACUCGGAGCCAUACGGCUCCCAUCCAUACGCCACCUUCGCCGACCCGAAUGGCUUCAAUUUUGCAUACGAUGUGGGCUCGGACAGCUUCAUGAGUCCCUAUGCUUUCCCUCAUAUGUCGCCUGAUUCCUCAUGGACACCGACCUCCCAGCAGUUCGCUACGUCGAAUCAGUCAGACUCCUUGUCUCCUCUAGAAACCAACAACUUCACGUCCCCAGCCCAGGACCAGGAUCUGCGUUAUGCGCCAUCCACGAAUUCCUCUGUUCAUUCUGAUGGAAACUGUGACGUCGCCUUCUCCGUCUCCCAGUCUUACCUAGAUCAACAUAAACCCCUAACGCAGAUGGCCGAUCUCAGCAUACCGACCCAAGGCCAAAAGCGUAACGCUUCGUUCCUGGACUUCGAACCCCCACAAGCUCUCUCUCAACACAAUGAUGACCAACAAAAGAGCUUGACCACCCUUUCAACAUCGUCCCCAGUUGUGCCCAUCGAAACACGGCAGAGCUCCACCGCCGAUAGUCCCGAGGACGCAUCUCAGACCUCUGAUGCUGCGGCCGUGGCUCGAGUCCGUACAACAGACUCUGCCAAAGUGCGCCAUAAUAUCGUAGAGCGACGAUAUCGCGAAAACAUCAACGCACAAGUUGAUGUCUUGCGGGAGAGCAUCGUCGCCACCAUUCACUCGAAAGAAGAACAACAGGGCGGGUCAGCUUCUCGUCUAGGAGCCGAUGAGCUCAAACGACUCACCAAAGCCGCCGUCAUCGCAGCGGCCACGAAACAAAUCCGGCGGGCAAGGACUGAGAACGAGCGUCUGCUUGACGAGCAUCGCUCUCUGCAGGCCCAGAUUCGCGAACUCGAGAGUCUAGUCAAGUGUGGAGACUGUCCGCUCAUGAAGCUGACAGUCGAUCUCAGCUUGGAAAGUCCAACUCAGCCACCUUGA